CCGGUCAUUAAGUGGCCGCCGAAGCCACGCGCAGCGGCUAGAGCUUGCAUAACAUACGGAGGUUACGUGUGCGAAGCGAUUUCCAUAAGUGUUGCUGGCGCGCGGAGUUCUCUGCACCACAAGUGCAGCAUGGUCCUUCAACGGCUUUCACGCGUCGCAUUGAUGGUUGUUGCGACGGCGCAGCGGGCGCAAGCGCAGCAGUCGGAGCUGACGCCUAUCAAGAUCGGCCUGGAGUGGUUUCUCAACCCAGACCACCUCCCGCUCGUGGUGGCGCUGAGAGAGGGCUAUUUCAAGGACGCGGGACUUCACGUCACGCUCGUCGAGCCUGCGGACCACUGGGAAGCGGAAGAAGAGAUCAUCGCGGGACGCCUCGACGUCGCCGUGACGGAGACGUUGCAUCUGGCGCAGGACGCGGCGCGCGGCAAGCCGGUCAUCGGCUUCUCGCGCUUCCUCCACACCGACGGCGGCGUGAUGUACCUCAAGAAUCGCGGCAUCGAGCGCCCGAGUGACAUGUGCGGUAAGAAGAUCAGCUAUCCGGGCUAUCCCGGCCCGGGUGGCCCCGCGAUCGUGGGCACGAUGGUCAAGGCCGACGGCGGCGAGUGCUCGGAACCAUUCGGCAAGCACGACGGCGGCUUCUACCACGUCGACGCGCUCGUCAACGGCGCCGACGUCGCCACGCUGAUCUUCAGCAACUUCGAGAUGGUCGAAGCGAAGAGCCGAGGCCUCGACGCGGGCUUCUUUAGUCUCAAGGACUGGGGCGUCCCGGACUUUUGCCAGCUGGUUUUAUUUACGACGCCGGAGAAGCUCGAGGCUUCCUCGGCGGACCUGAGGACACUAGUCCUCGCCGUGCGCCGCGCCACGGGCCUCAUCAAGGGCGACCCAGCACGUGCUCGCGACAUCUGGUUCGAACACACGCGUACGAACCGCCCGCUCCUCGCGCGCCUGAACCCGCUGACGGCGCGCGCGCGCAUGCGCGAGGCCCGCGUCGCGCGGGACACGUUCGAGGCGACGCUGCCGGCCUUCGUCAACGACAACACGCUUGCGCAGGAGUACUGGUCCGCGCUCGCGGCGUGGCUCGUCGAGACGGGGCAGAUCGACGGCGAUCCGGUCGCCUCGUCGGGCUACUGGACCAACGGCCUCGCGCUCUAG